AUGGCUGCUACAACUACUCAAACAAAGGAGCAAGUGUCGCUGAAACUUCUGGUGAACAAAGAAACCAACAAAGUCUUGUUUGCUGAAGCAGGAAAGGACUUUGUGGAUGUUCUGUUUAGCUUCUUAACAUUGCCUUUAGGAACUAUUGCAAGACUUGUAGAGAAGGAGUCUAGCGUGGGGCCUGUUACACUUGGUUGUCUGAACUCACUCUAUCAUUGUGUGGAAGAUCUCGAUGAAGGGUGUUUGGGAACGAAGAUAAACAAAGAAAUGCUGUUGCAGCCAGCCAACUCAUCAGAAGACUAUUGUAGCAGUCUUAAACUUAAUAUUGACGAUACUGAGCCCACAAAGUAUUUCUUAUGCACCAAGUUUCCUAGCUGUGUGGACCGGUGUUUGAGCAUUUCUUUAGAUAAAUUUAAAUGUAGGUGUAAGAAUCCUCUGAAUCGUUCAGUUAUGAUGAAACAUUUCCGCAAUGGAUUUGUGAAUAGUGGUGCAACUUUUAUUAUUAAGGAUGAUUUGACUGUCAUGCCAAACUCCAUGGAUGUUACAAACUUUUCUCUACUCCAGAACUUUGGAAUAAAAAGUGCAAGUUCUGUGAAGGAAAUGAACGUCAGUGUCACUAAAGAAAAGGUAUUGGAUCUGCUGAAGUGUUCUUUGUUUUCAAAGACACCGCUAACAGAUUUGUUUUUAAGGGGCAAUAAAGACCAAAAACCAUCACUAGAGAGGCCAAGAUUCGUUUUUAAAUUGUAUUUUCUACAGGUAUUGAAUCUGCUGAAGUGUUCUUUGUUUUCAAAGACACUGCUAACAGAUUUGUUUUUAAGGGGCAAUAAAGACCGAAAACCGUCACUAGAGAGGCCAAGAUUCUUCCAAAUCACGUUAAAGCUUGUUACAAGAAAAUCGGACAACAAGUUUUUGUAUGCUCAAGGGGAACAUGAUUUUGCUGAUAUGCUUUUAAAUUUUCUCGUUUGUCCUUUGGGGGGAAUUGUACGUUUGUUAGGAGGGAGUUCACUGGGAAGCAUUGAUGCUUUGCAUCAUAGCAUAGCUUAUUUGGAUAUAUGCAAUUUUGUUUCAGAAAAAGAAAAGGACAUGAUUGUUGUUCCUCGAUUGGCCUAUCAAUAUUUCCUUUUAAGCAAGGAAAUAUUACCAUCUAGGCUUAAUAAUUAUUGUUGCUAUUAUCAACCUAGAAAAUUCGAUAUAGAAGGUAUUGCUCACAAUCAAAUUUUCAUGACCAAUGAACGCAUAUAUGAUUGGGGAGAUUUCUGUGAACUGUAUCCUGAAUCACCUAAAGUAAGUUACCAAGGUUAUGUUAAGGGACCGAGAAUUUACGUGGCCACAGAUGACCUGGUCAUUUCACCUUUGUCUCCAAUCACCCUUUUAGAUUUACUCAACCGUUUUAAAACUUCUGUUGGUGAUCUGAAGGAAAAGGUUGUCACUAUUGGCAUCAAAGAGUGUCUCAGCAUAUUGAAGGCAGCUUUAACAUCCACAUCUGCUCUAUCAAACGGUCUUGCUCACUUGCUAGCUGAAGUUAAGGAGAAGAUACGCGAAUGA